CCAAGCCCAAAGCACGCAUUUACAGUGAUGCAAGCUCAGUGCCUCGGUGCCUAGGAGCCUCUGGAAAUAGGAGCUCACGAAAUCUAGAAAUGAAAGGAGAACAAACCCUACCGGACUCGAAUCGGGGCUCCGGCAGCAGACGCACCCGUUCUCAGGUAGCCCCAGACUGGACCGAAACCGACCUACUGAUCCUGGUGAACGAGAUCACCGCCGUUGAAGCCGAUUGCCGGAAAGAAUUCUCCUCCUUCCAGAAAUGGAAGAUCGUCGCCCAGAACUGCACCGCGCUCGGCGUGCCUCGGUCUCUGGACCAGUACCGCCGCAAAUGGGAGGCGCUGCUCCACGACUACAAGAUCAUCCGCCACUGGAAUUCACAGUCGAGAGCUUCGGCUUCGUCCUACUGGGCUCUGGAGACUGACCGGAGGAAGCAUUUCGGUCUCCCCCGGAGUUUCGAUCACGAGGUCUUCAAGGCCAUCGGAGGCUAUGAGAAGGUGCGGGAGAGCCAGUCGGAUACGGAGACCGAGACGGAGACGGCGGAGGAUAGUGAGCCGGAAGGCGAGGCUGACGUGGCGGAUGACGAUGAUGAUGUAGGAGUGGUGGAACCAGAGUCCAAGAAGAGGAGGCGACCGUCGACACAGCAGAAAUGCAGUCCAAUCCAAAAUUCAGCAAAGAGGUCUAUGGCUAAAAGGCCUGGGCAAAAGGCUCGUCAAAUGCGUGUAGAAGAGAAAACUAUAGUAAAGCCUGUUCAAACCCAUGUGGCGGAAAAGCCUGGAGAAAAGCCGCGCCAAACUCAUGAGGAAGAAGAACCUGUUGAAAAGGCUUGCCAAACUCAUGCAGAAAAGAUACCCGUAGAAAAGCCUUGCGAAAUUUAUGUGGAAGGAGAGCUUGUAAAAAACCCUCCCAAAACCUAUCCAGAAAAUAAUGUAGUAGGUAAGUCUUGCCAAACUCAUGCGGAAGGGAACUCUAUAGAAAAGCCUCACCAAACCCAUGUAGAAGGAAAGCAUGUGGAAGGCUGCAUAGAAGCAAUUCCUACGGAGAACUUAGCUGAAAAAAAACCGGUAGGAAGCUGCUUAGAUGCAAGCCCUAUGACGAAGCUGGCAGAAGAAAUGCCUCAGAAAAGAGCUCUGAAGAAAAAAAGUAAGGUCUCAGAAGAACAUCCUGGGGGAAACUGCUUAGAGGAACUCAAUCCAAUGAAGAGCAUGGCAGAAAAAAAGACUCUGAAAAGUGGUCUGAAGAGGAAGCAACAAAAUACUCAAAUGGAAGAGAAUAUAACGAACAUUAUAGAACAGGAGCAAAUCAUGGCUAUGAAAUUGCAGUGGAGUGCAGACCUCAUCCGUGCUAUUGUAACUGAGAAUGCAGACCAUCAUGCCACUGAGGAGACGAGCACCAAGGAACUCCAGGCUGAUUUAGUGAGGCGUCAAGGAGACCAGGUUAUCGCAUGCCUGGCAGAUAUAGUGAAGACUCUUAACCAGGUUCACCAUCUUGUUCAGGAACGUAAAUAGUCUUUCUUUCUCUUUUUCAUUUUGCGGUUAACUUGAAUGUGAAUAUUUUAAUGGUUUUCAAAUCAAAAUUGAUCUUAUGAAAUGCUGAUUAACAUUCGUUAUAGCUUUCUCCAUGUGGUGGUGAGUGACUGUCCUCCUAGUAAAAGAA